UCAGUCAGCAUUAUUAAUGAAUUCACGCAACAAAAGGAUGUUUUAACGACAACAUGGCAACUCCUUCCGGAUCCCCUUUUAGUGGGCGAGAGAGAGCGCCUCUGUGACCAACCAACCCACGUCCCUUCGCCCGCAGUCCACACUCCUCCAAAGGUCGCGUUGGAAGACUGAACUGCGUUCUGUUUUCCUUUCCCGAACUUGAGUGAAAACUAAGCUUUCGUUGGACGAUAGAAAUACUAAGUAUAGCGCUGCAGUGACUUCAGGUUAACGCAACGAACAAUCAUGGUGGAAGGUUUAACCGACGAGGGAGGAAAAGGAUAAGAUCCUCCCCAGUGAAUCAGGCGAAAAAGAAAAGUGAUAUUGGAUAACCAGCUGCUGUAAGGGCCCAGUGAGUGUGAUGACUGGGUACUACUACUACUACUAGGGGGGUGACUGCUUCAAGUUCUCACCGAUAUAGACUUGCAGCUCUUAUUAGAGGCUGCACAGGCUCUAUAUCACAUCUUCACGUUAUGUAUAGGAAAAGGAGGAGAAAGCCCAAUAGUCUUGUGCUUUACGACUUGAAUAUUUGGAAGCGUUGCAGGGCUGCUUGCUUUUGACGCGAGAGUGAGUUGUGUGACUGUCAUUUCGGGUGAAGUGUGCCUCCGACUAAAGUUGGGGGCCAUGAUGUGCAAACUGCGAGCGGUAAUGUGGGCGCUCGCGGGCCUCACCCUGUGCACCUGCAUUGCCUCCGUCAGGUGGUUCUUGCUCUCCGACCGCUUAGCGGCUGAACAGAGAAUACCUCUCAGUACUCCUACUGCAGAGUCAAGGUCGUGGUCUCGCACGAACCAGGAGAUGAAAAGGCGGAAAGCUAUCGUGGACCAUUUUUGCCAUGACAGUUUUUGGCAGGGCGCCGCGGCAAAUGGGAUUCCGGGAUCUGGCAUCCCUACAGCUGGAGAAGAUCCCAUCACCGAGGAAUUGGUGAAUAAUCUUUCGAUGCUCAACAACUUAAUUGUGGAUGACAAGAACCACAUGCUAUAUUGUUAUGUUCCUAAGGUGGCAUGCACCAACUGGAAGAGGAUGAUGUUAAUAUUAACAGGGGCAACUAAUUUAACCCAACCUCUCUCGAUUCCAGCUGAUAGUGUCCAUCGAAAAAAUGUGUUCACUAAAUUAAGUGAUUUAGAGCCAGACGGUAUCCGUCAUAGACUUCAAACUUAUAGAAAAUUUCUAUUUGUUCGUCAUCCUAUAGAAAGAGUCGUUUCAGCCUUCAGAAAUAAAUUUGAAAAGAAUUAUACUUCAUCUGCUUACUUCAAAAAGCGUUUUGGGGUGAAAAUUAUCAAGAAAUAUCGCCAGGGCAUUGAGCCAGAUGAUGUACCAGAAACAGGCGAUGGAGUCAAAUUCUCAGAAUUUAUCUCUUAUUUAAUAGAUACAAAAUCAGAAUAUUUAAAUGAACACUGGGCACCUGUGUCCAAUAUGUGUCAUCCAUGUUUAGUCAGGUUUCAGAUUAUAGGAAAAUAUGAAACACUGGCUGAUGAUGCAGAGUACAUUUUGCGUCUUGUAGGAGCUCCUCCAACCAUUCACUUCCCUGAAGUUAUUCCUUCCAAAACUACUGCGCUUGUGGAGUCAUAUGUUGACACUCUUACUCCUAGACAAAAACAAGGUCUAAUAAGAAUAUAUGAAAAUGAUUUUAGAAUAUUCAACUAUAAUUUUAGAAAUCUUAUUUAGUAACAUUAUAUAAAUUUGAUUAUUAAGGUUUUUUUUUUAUAUAAAAGAAUAAAAAUUCUCAUUUCUU